AUGCUGAAACAGAUUCUUGAACGGCACUGUUCCUACUUUCGCGCGGCUAGAGGAGAUACGUAUGGUUUCGGAAACGCGGUUCUGCAAACUGAAGGAAAUUUGUUUCGAAAGCUAAAUCCUCUUGCUACGUCGUUUCAUUCCGUCAAAAUGGUUGGUGCGAUUUUUAGCAAACAGAACGUGUUAGAAACCAACUUGAGAAUAUUGGAAUACGUCUGUUCCGUUCUUCAGGGCUCAGAAUACACAAACUGUAUUCUGAGCCCUGAAGAAAAUGGCUGUUCACAGAGAACGAUCAAAACCUAG